CAGCUGCUCUGUGACAUCAGCCCUGGGGCCAAAGGUACUGCAGGCAAUAGUUGGCGGCUGCACUGAAUGAGCCCUCCACUCCUCACAGCUGAUACAUGCCACUGGCAUGUAUGAAUUAGCAUGUGAUGAAUUUGCUGUGCCUCCUUGUCCUGCUGGCCAUGUGCAGGUCUGUGCUCAGCACAUGGCACACCUGUGGAGGGAUCUGUGGUCUCUGGCCCAUGUCUGCUUUCCAUGGCCCCAUGGCUUAUGACUAUGACCCCGUGGCUCCAGACCAUAGCAAACUGCACACUGUCAGUGGCACAGCUGUCCAGCCAGGAGCCUGGGCCGGGAUUGUCAGCAUCCAGGAUCCCCAGGAACCAGGCACAGGGCAUAUCUGUGGAGGGUCCCUCAUCAGCACAGAGUGGGUCGUUACAGCUGCCCACUGCUUCAUCAAUGCCAGGAACAGCAACAUGUGGCACGUGGUGACUGGGGCCACCCGGUUGACUCAGUUGGGCCCUGAGGUGCAAGUGCGCCAGAUUCAGCAGGUACGGGUUCAUGAACACUAUACUCCUGGUGAGCAGAUGAAUGACAUUGCUUUGCUGAAACUGGACCAGCCCAUCGUAUGCAGCCGCUACGUACAGCUGGGCUGUGUGCCCAACACCACACUGAAAGUGUCAGAGCUGAAAACCUGUUACAUUGCUGGCUGGGGUUCUACCACUACAAGAGCUCAAAGGGCAAGCGAUGUCCUGCAGGAGGCCAAGGUCCACCUCAUUGGUGCCCAGCUCUGUAACAGCAGCCUCUGGUACACAGGGGCCAUCCACACUCAAAACCUCUGUGCUGGUUACCCAGAGGGUGGCAUUGACCCCUGCCAGGCUGACAUUGGUGCUCCUUUGGUGUGCAAAGAUAACAAUGCUGCCUUCUUCUGGCUUGUUGGUGUGACCAGCUGGGGAAAAGGUUGUGAGAGAGCAAACCAGCCUGGAGUCUACACCUCUGUUCAGCACUUCUAUGACUGGAUCCUGGUCCAGAUAGACCCGCAGCUAGACAAAAGGGCAUCAAGACAUUCUAUGCCUGCCAUAAACCCCCCUCAGAAGCCAAGGCAAACACCACCAGCAUUGGACGAGUUUAACUCCUCCCCAUUUUCAAUGCAGAAACUGGUUGAAUUUUUUACUCAGGUGCAUGAGCUCCUUCAGGUCCCAAGGAGAACACUGGCAAGAGAAGAAGGAUGAAUAGGAUCCAGUGCAGGCUGCAGUGAACCAUGAUCAUUUUCUUCUGGGGCAACACCUGUUGAUCCAAAGGCAGCCUCAGUGCCUAAGGCCUGCUCUAUCCUGAUCAUGCUUCUCCUCUGUGUGCACACAAAUCCUGAAUCUGAAUUUAGCUGUGGAAAUAAAGUUUCCUGAUUUCACUCUUAA